CCGGUUGUCCAGGACUUUGGGGGGGCGAAGCAUGCCCCAGAAGGCCGCCGGCUCGGAGAACGGCAUCUACAGCGUGGCCGUGCAGGCCAGGAAGGGGCGGCCCAUGCCCCCCAGCCCGCCGGCCGGCCCCGGGGGCGGCAAGGGGGAGCCCCUGGGCCCGCUGGCCCUGCCCGAGCGGGAGACGUGGACCCGCCAGAUGGACUUCAUCAUGUCCUGCGUGGGCUUCGCCGUGGGCCUGGGCAACGUGUGGCGCUUCCCCUACCUGUGCUACAAGAACGGGGGCGGUGUGUUCCUAAUCCCUUACCUCCUGAUUGCCCUGCUGGGAGGCAUUCCCAUCUUCUUCCUGGAGAUCUCCCUGGGCCAGUUCAUGAAGGCCGGCAGCAUCAACGUGUGGAACAUCUGUCCUCUCUUCAAAGGCCUUGGCUUCGCCUCCAUGGUGAUCGUCUUCUACUGCAACACAUACUACAUCAUGGUUCUGGCCUGGGGCUUCUACUACCUGGUUAAGUCUUUCACCGCCACGUUGCCGUGGGCCACGUGUGGCCACCCCUGGAACACCCCUGACUGCGUGGAGAUCUUCCGCCACGAGGACUGCGCCAACGGGAGCCUGGGCAACCUCACCUGUGACCAGCUAGCCGACAAGCGCUCCCCAGUCAUUGAGUUUUGGGAGAACAAAGUCCUGCGCCUGUCUGAGGGUCUGGAGCAGCCCGGGGAGAUCAACUGGGAAGUUCUGCUUUGCCUACUGGCCUGCUGGGUGCUGGUUUACUUCUGUGUCUGGAAGGGGGUCAAGUCGACCGGAAAGAUUGUCUAUUUCACUGCUACAUUCCCCUACGUGGUGCUCAUUGUCCUCUUGGUGAGAGGUGUGAUGCUGCCCGGAGCCCUGGAUGGGAUCAUCUUCUAUCUCAAACCCGAUUGGUCCAAGCUGGGGUCUCCCCAGGUUUGGAUAGACGCUGGGACACAAAUAUUCUUUUCUUAUGCCAUAGGACUGGGCGCCCUCACGGCCCUGGGCAGCUACAACCGUUUCAACAACAACUGCUACAAGGACGCCAUAAUCCUAGCACUCAUCAACAGCGGGACCAGUUUCUUUGCUGGGUUUGUGGUCUUCUCCAUCCUGGGCUUCAUGGCCACUGAGCAAGGGGUUCACAUCUCCAAGGUGGCGGAGUCAGGGCCUGGCCUGGCCUUCAUCGCCUACCCCAGGGCUGUCACCCUGAUGCCCGUGGCCCCGCUGUGGGCUGCCCUGUUCUUCUUCAUGCUGCUGCUCCUGGGCCUGGACAGCCAGUUUGUGGGGGUGGAAGGCUUCAUCACUGGCCUCCUGGACCUGCUACCGGCCUGCUACUACUUCCGCUUCCAGCGGGAAGUGUUCGUCGCCCUUUGCUGCGUCCUCUGCUUCGUCAUCGACCUGUCCAUGGUCACUGAGGGUGGCAUGUACGUCUUCCAGCUGUUCGACUACUACUCGGCCAGCGGGAUGACACUGCUGUGGCAGGCCUUCUGGGAGUGUGUGGUGGUCGCCUGGGUCUACGGGGCUGACAGGUUCAUGGACGACAUCGCCUGCAUGAUCGGCUACCGGCCUUCUCCCUGGAUGAAAUGGUGCUGGUCCCUCUUCACUCCCCUGGUCUGCAUGGGGAUCUUCAUCUUCAACGUGACGAACUACAAGCCGCUGGUGUACAACAACAGCUACGUGUACCCGUGGUGGGGUGAGGCCAUCGGCUGGUGCUUCGCGCUGUCGUCCAUGCUCUGCGUGCCGCUGUACGUCCUCCACAAGCUCCUCCGGGCCAAGGGAACCCUUGCCGAGCGUUGGCAGAACCUGACCCAGCCCGUGUGGGGCCUGCACCACCUGGAGUACAAGGCUCAGGACUCCGACGUCAGGGGCUUGACCACCCUGACCCCAGUGUCUGAGAGCAGCAAGGUCGUGGUCGUGGAGAGUGUCAUGUGACCUGGCCAAUUCAGACAGCGUGUGAGGCGCCCCUCCCCGCCACCACAGCCCCCAGCCCCUCAACCAUAGAGAGCGCCUCCGAUACCCACCCGCUUCAACCCGCGCCACUAAACAACAGGCACAGGGCAGAGCCAUCUCCGGGGCUGGGAGGAUGGGGAGGAACGGGGAAAACCGCCCUCGGUUCCCCGGGUCCAGGAUGGAGCGGGGUAGGGGUCCGGCCGGGGCGGCGUACGUGCGUGCGUCGUGGGACGGAAGGGGCAGACUGAAGGCUGGGGGUCCUGGGGGAGAGUGAUGGAGGGUCCUAGGGAGGCCCUUGGAGAAUGGAGGAGCAAGUAAUCUAGAUUUUUAAACUGUGUUUUGCUUUUCGUUUUUAAUAAAAUGCCAAAAACAAAAUGAAAAAAAAUCCCCUCUCCCCGACCCCAGCUGAGUUGGUCGAAAUCUUCCCGGAGCCGGGGAUUUCGGGGAGAGGGAAGAGGCUGGUCCCAGCCCCUGCCCUCCUCCUGUCCGCUCUUGCCAAGCCCCGGGGAAGCGGAGAGCCAGCAGGCCCGGGAAGGGUGGAGCCGGCCCCGCUGCGUGUGGAGGUCAAGGUGGUGAUCAGAGAAAAUCCUUUCCCGCCCACCCCCAGACCCACCCAUUGCAGAGUGGACCCACAGUGGGUCUCAGUGGGUGGCGGGGGGCCAGUCCCCGCACCCAUCCCACCCCACCAUUCCCCCAAACCGGAACAACUGCCCCUCAGCCUCUCAUCCCUCAGGCCCCACUGCCCAGCUUGGUGCUGGAGUGAGGAGAUUUGGGGAGUCCCGGGCCCCUCGCCCCUUCCUCCUCCUUUCCCCCGCCAGGCACCAUUGGAAGCGGCUGUUUCCCCCCCGUUUCUCCCCUGCCCCUCCAGCAACCACCCCAGAGCCAGCAGUAGGUACUUAAAACGGCAGUGCCAUGGGAGGUACUGGGGAGCUCAGAAAUUCUGGCAAAGCCGCCAGGAAGGUAUCAGCUUCUCCACUCUCCCUCUCUCAGUCCGACCAGCCUCUUGCUCCGCGGUCCUGGGUUCCAGGGCCCAGAACCCUGGGCAAGUUUCGACCCUUUUAGAGCAAACUUUCCACCAACUCAGCAGGAUGAUACACAAACACACACACACAUAUAUGUGUGUGUGGUGUGUGUGUGGUGUGCGUGUGUAUAUAUAUAUAAAGUAUAUAUAUAUAAAUAUAUAUAUAUAAGAGAUCACUAUACCAGAUGUAAAUUAUGCUCCAACAACAAACAAGGCUUGUAUUUUGCACAUUUUAUAAAAGUCAAAGAGAAUCUAGGAGGAAAAAGAUUUCUGCCUGUAUAUUUCUAAAAAAAACUAACCCCUUGACCAGCCACGGCCCCCCUCUCUUCCGCCUCACUCUACCGCCCUGGGGGAGUGAGAGUCCUGAACAGCGAGUUCUAAUUUUCUUAACAAAAAAAAAAACCCCCAAAAAAAUCGAGAAAAAGAAAAAAAAAACACCCAAAUCCCGAUUAUUUUUUUUUUCUCCGUGGGCGAUGACCACAUCCGUUAGUGUUGGAUAAAAAGCAAAAUCGAAAGGAUGUCCGGCAGCUGAGGG